AUUAAUUUUCUUGUUCAGAAAUAAAUUUCCUUAAAAAUUAAAAACCCUUUUACGACCAAGGAGACUCAGUUAUCUCCAAUGGCGGACCGGGAAGCAUAACUAUAGCUUAGUAUAUCUCAGCUACUCUUUUUCAAGAUGAAACCUUUUUGUCCUUCUUCCACAAACUCUCAUGUUCGACUGUUAAUGGCUUCAAUUUGUAGGUUCGAUUCCUCUGGGCCAAGACAAAAUUCGAUUACUCUUCUUCGGCCUAGCUACUGCAAUUCCAUAUCUUUGAGCUCGCGCUUCAAGCCCUACCGCUUGCUUGCGUUUUCGGCUUCGGGUUCCUCUCAAUCAACAUCUUCUAGCGCCGAACCGGCGUACCGAAUCGUUUCGUCGGAGGCAGAGGAGGGUUCGAAUGAAGAGCUUGAUGGAGUUAAGGACGAAGCAGCGGACGUUGGGUGGCGUGUGGAAGUGGGAAGCCCUAGACUUUCAAUCCCAUCGAUGGCGAAAUUGAGCUUGAGCGACCAGGCUUUCUUUCUUCUUGCGUUCAUCGGUUGCACGACUUCUGUGGCAUUUAUUAGCCUUGUGGCUGCUGCUGUCCCAACUCUGUAUGCGAUGGGGCGAGCUGCAACAUCUCUCUCAAAACUAGCAGAUACAGCUCGCGAGGAACUCCCUAGCACAAUGGCAGCCGUUAGGCUCUCAGGAAUGGAAAUCAGCGAUCUUACAUUGGAAUUAAGUGAUCUAAGCCAAGAGAUAGCUGAUGGGGUCACUAAAUCUACCCAAGCGGUGCAAGCGGCAGAAGCUGGAAUUCGACAGAUUGGCGUGCUUGCUCAUCAACAGACUAUCUCGAUGAUUCAAGAAAGAGCAAGCCUGCCCAUUAUAUCUUUACAACCUGCGGUUGUUGGUGCUGCAAAGAAGACUUCUCGUGUUGUUGGCCGAGCUACAAAAUCCUUAAUGAAUAUGAUCUCCGGAGGGAACAACUCUGAGGCUGAACAAGAUGACAGUGAAGUUGCUAAUACAGAUACAUAGGACCUUUUUGUUGUCUUUUUCACUAAUUAUUAGUGCUGAAGAUUCUUAGAACUCAUCUCCAUAAUCUUCAUAUCCAGUUUGAUUUUUGUUUUUUCAUAUUUCAAAGUUCAGUUGGAGAUGAAGGCAUGGUGUUUGAAUCAUCGAAUGUCAUUACACUGAAAAUUAUGCUCUUUGUAGUUGUACAUAAUGUAAAGACUAGUAUCAAAACGUUGAAAUUUGUUGUAUGACGAUACCAAAAAUAACCCAAAUAAAGUUGGGGAAUGAAUAUUAAAAUGGUCAUCCUUUACUUCA